ACUCUCUCUAUCACAAAAUAUAAAAGCAUUGCUAUAGCUAUACAUAUAGCUAAUUUCGCUGAAAGAAUUUUUCUCGGUUACAUGCAUAAGAAAGUUGAUCGAGAAUACCUAUUCCUAAAAUUAAAACAGAAAAGUGGAAAUUAUCUUGAUAUUGAGCGUUGGAGUCAAUCCUCUUCUCCUAUUAUCAUGAUAAGAAGAAGAGAAGAUUCCUUUUGUUUCAUGUAAAUUUAAAAUAUAACAUAUAUAUAUAUACAUAUGUGUGUGUGUCAAGUAGGGAACUGUAUAAUAGCAGUAAUGGGUUAUGAGGAAGUGGUUAUACGUAGCUAUGACGCCCAAAUUGACAGAGCUGGAGUUGAAGAUCUCGAGAGACGAUGCGAGGUAGGCCCAGCCGAUCGAGUCUUUCUCUUCACAGACACGAUGGGUGACCCCAUCUGUAGAAUCAGAAACAGCCCCAUCUACAACAUGCUGGUGGCAGAGAUUGGAAAAGAGCUGGUUGGUGUCAUUCAAGGUUCGAUAAAGCUGGUUACGUUUCAUAAACCCACCAUGGACAAUCUUGCCACGGUGGGUUACAUCUUGGGACUCAGAGUCGUUCCUAUUUAUAGAAGAAAAGGGAUUGGUCUGCGACUGGUUCGGAAGCUCGAAGAAUGGUUCAUUUCAAACGACGUCGAUUAUGCAUACAUGGCCACAGAGAAAGACAAUGAAGCAUCCGUGAGAUUGUUCAUGGACAAGCUCGGUUACGUCAAGUUCAGAACCCCAGCGAUCCUCGUCAACCCGGUCAAACACCGCAUGUUGUUACACUUACCAUCGACCGUCGAAAUCGCUAAGCUGAACGUCGACGAAGCCGAGUAUCUUUACCGGCGGUUCAUGGGUUCGACAGAGUUUUUCCCGGCGGAUAUAAACGAGAUAUUAAGAAACAAGUUGAGCUUGGGUACAUGGGUGGCUUACCCUAAAAAUGAUCAUCACCGCUCGUGGUACUGCGAUGACCAUUUCGGGUCGAAUGGACUACCAGAUAAUUGGGCAAUGGUAAGUGUAUGGAAUAGCGGGGAGGUUUUCAAAUUAAGAUUAGGAAAAGCUCCAUUGUCGUGCUUGCUGUACACGAAAAGCUCGAGACUAAUGGACAAAUAUCUGCCAUGUUUGAAGUUACCGGCACUACCUGAUUUUUACGACCCGUUCGGGUUUUAUUUCAUGUAUGGAGUUUACUGGGAGGGUCCAUCGGGUUCGAAGCUGGUGAGGAGCCUGUGCCAAGUCGUGCACAACAUGGCCACAAAGUCGAAGGACUGUAAAGUUAUUGUUACAGAAGUUGGUGGAAGCGACAGAGUGAGAGUUCACAUCCCACAUUGGAAACUACUGUCAUGUCCAGAAGACUUGUGGUGCAUAAAAUCCAUGAAGAAAAACCAAGAUUUCACAAAAAUUACUAUUACCCCACAAGGAUCAGGAGGUCUUUUUGUAGACCCAAGAGAGGUAUGAGAACAAACUAUAACCCUUUUUCCUGUUCAAUGAGAAAUUAUUUCAUACGAAGAGUACAGGUUGAUAUAAUGAUAU